AUGUCAUCCAGCCUUAUCACUGAGAUCGAUAGAUGUGACAUUGGGGAUCCUAGCACUUGUAUCACUGCAUCGAUUACCAAUGUCAGACAUUUGUCGUCCUACAAUUGGAUUGAAAGUUCCAUUGCCACGAUUGCUGUCCCAGGAAGUCCACCUUUGUGGUCAGCCGCGAAGACUUCCAAGCAGCUAAAGAAAGAUACGGGUUUAUAUUACAUAAACCAGAACCAAGCUCGCCAUCCAGAUAGUCCGCUUGAGCCUCUGUUCCGUGCUCUGUACCUCGAAAAUCCUUCUUUCGAUAUCAGCUCUAUCGACGUUGUAACCGAUCGAAACAACAUCCUCAAGCUACUAGCCUUCAUUAAUCCCCGCUUGGAUCCGGGUGAUCUUGAACCAUUCACCAUAGGGGUUGAGGUCAUCGGCACGACCGCACUGUUUCGUCGAGAUGUGACGGUACCUACCAGGAUUAUCCAGCCAGAUGAGUUCCGCGGCUUUGGCCAUGAGUUUGAAAAAGAAUUCACCAUGGAGCAAGUCAAUAAUAGCACUGGUCACCAUAGAAUCAUCGCAUAUCAACUUGGUGGCUUAAGCCUUAUUGUACGCUACGAAGCCGAUGGUUACGUGGCUGCAGACACCGAUAACGCCAAUAUACCCAAAGCAGCAAGUUCGCAAGACAGCCCUCUGCUCGACAUCAUGAGAGGUUUAUCUUUGUCGUCAGCCACAGAAGUCUCAGACGUCGAACUUAUCCCUUCAAAAUUGGUUACCAGGGAUGAAGGUCGAGUGGUACGUCCAGGUUCAAUCAUUGAGAUCAAAACCCGAGCAAUUGAAAGACCACUGCCCAUAGAGGAUGUCGCGGCACAACUCUGGGUGUCUCAAACUUCAAAGCUCGUGCGAGCAUACCACGAUCGGGGGAAGUUCCAAGUGCCUCAUGUCGAGGACGUCGGAGCUCAGGUCAAGAGGUGGGAAAUGCUCAAUCAGAAUGACCUAAAGCGGUUAGUGAUCCUCCUCAAAACAAUCUCCAAUUUGGCAGCACAAUCCGGCGGAAAGGUCACCGUCAAAUAUGAGGGGGGAAGCAAACUGCUGUUUUAUCAAGGCGAUAAAGGAGACAUGUUGCCUCACUCCUUGUAUUCUAAAUGGGAGUCAAGAGGUGUUAGGCAAGCGAAGAAGGUAGCGAGCGUACCUGAGGAAAGAAAAGCGUCAGACACACUCAGCAAAGAUCAAAAGAGAACCAUGGAAAUUCCGAGAGCCGAGUAUGGCGAUGGACCUUACUCCGAAUUGAUCAGCGUCGGAGUUGAGAAGGGAUUCCGACAGUUCUUUCGCCGCAUGCCUUUGCAGCUAUCCCAGUAUCAUCUACUUUGCGAUACCCUCGAUUCUCUUGCUAUUGAUGUUACUAAUGGCCGCACCGUUCGUGACAUCCUGAAAGACAUGAAGAGAGGGAAGGAUGAUUGGGAUCCAGUAGAGAGAAGGACGGUUAGAGGAUUGAAGAGCGUGGCACGAGACUCGGCGUUUCAACUUUUAUACGUGCUUCUUCAUCCAAACGUUGCAGACACUAACAUGGCAUACAACGCAGCAUUAUUUGUGGUCUCACACCGAAAACUAUUUAAGUUUAAGACUCGAAAGAUGGUGAGGGAUGCUUUGGAAGAAAAUUGUCCAGUGUCAGCGAAACAGCGAGCGACUCUGAACAGAUGGCCUGUCGAAGAGUCCUUAUCCAUAAGAUCAGAAGAAGACGUGACGACAGAGUCUGAAGACCUCUUCUUUGACUCUGAUAGUUCAUUUUGA